UCUUUGUAGCAUAUUUACCUGAAUAUGGGUUGAAAAUGAUUUGCAAAUCAUUGUAUUCCGUUUAUAUAUUUACAUCUAACACAAUUUCCCAACUCAUAUGGAAACAGGGUUUGUACAAACAAUUUUUCCAUUCGAAAUACAAAAUUGACUAAUUAACAGUGAUAAAUUAGAGACAACUCUACAAUGUAGCUCAGUAGCUAAAAUCUGAAAAAGUAUCUAUAUUUUAGCUUUUGUGUUGUAAUGAAAAAGUAGAUAAUUUUCAUGCUGACUUAAUUUGAUUCAUGUUUGUAUAUUAACUUUGUCUAAAGGUCUCUCAUAAUGUUAAAAAAAAAAACAUAUUUCGUCAUCAACAAGUUUUUUAGGCUCUUGCCAUGAAAAUAUUUAAUUUAUAAUUCAAAAAGACGAGAUGUUAUUUAUUUAAACAACAGACACGCCCUGACUAUUGUUUUGUUGCAACAUCUUUUGUGUCCUUUUAAGGACAAUCUCCUGCAAAAAGACAUUUGAAUAUUUCCUUCUUGCUUCUUUGUGUGCACUCAGUGUUCUGCAAGAGAGGAGCCUGGUGAAUUCCAAAUUUGUGUGCAACAUGUGCACUGUGGCAGCAUCCUGAAAAGUGGAUGCGGCGGUCACGUGAUGUGGAUCAGAGGGAGCGACGCCUUAUAAAAGUGCUGUGGAGAGAGAGAGAGUGAGAGUGUGUGAGUGUGUGUGGGGGACGCAACCACGGAGCGUCUGGACUGGAGCUCACAUCCUCAACAGGAGCAGGGAGAACACUUCCAAACUGACCUUUUGUGUUCCCUUCUUUUACAGAGUCCAACAAAAUGGCUCAUUUUUAUUAAUUCAUUUUUUAAAUUUUGCACAAGUGCAGUGCAGGCUUGAUGUUGCACUUCUGAUUUGGAUUAACGCGCGGAGAUAAAGGGCGGUUCUGCGCUCUAGAGGGAAUUAUGUAAGGUUGCUGUCAGCUCUCGGCGCUCUCCUUCACACUCAGCCAUGAAGUCCGUGCUGGACGCGGUGGCGGACACCACCUUCCGGACUAUCACAUCCGGUUUACAAUAUCUGGGCUCCAACGACGCCAACUAUGACGGGCCCGUCAGCGACGUGGACUUCAAAGGCGCCUUCUCCCUCCAGAAGCCUCUCUCCGCCUUCCGCAGCAACUCCUUCCCCGACAAGGUCCCCGCCGACGAGGAGCUGAUCCUCCGCGGCGUCCUCCCCUUCUUCCCCACCAACGCCACGGAGCUCCUGUCCAACCGCAGCACCUUCCGCGACGAGGGCGACAGCAUCCAGUGCGGGGAGAACUUCAUGGACAUGGAGUGCUUCAUGAUCCUGACGCCCAGCCAGCAGCUGGCCGUGGCCGUCAUGUCGCUGACCCUGGGGACCUUCACCGUGCUGGAGAACCUGGUGGUGCUGUGCGUGAUCCUGCAGUCACGCACGCUGCGCUGCCGGCCCUCCUACCACUUCAUCGGCAGCCUGGCCGUGGCCGACCUGCUGGGGAGCGUCAUCUUCGCCUACAGCUUCCUGGACUUCCACGUGUUCCACAGGAAGGACACUCCCAAUGUGUUUCUCUUCAAGCUGGGCGGAGUCACGGCGUCCUUCACCGCCUCCGUGGGCAGCCUCUUCCUCACCGCCAUCGACCGAUACAUCUCCAUCCACCGACCGUUGGCCUACAGGCGCAUCGUGACUCGGACCAAGGCGGUCAUCGCCUUCUGCAUGAUGUGGACCAUCUCCAUCGUCAUCGCCGUGCUGCCCCUGCUGGGCUGGAACUGUAAGCGCCUCAAGUCGGUGUGCUCGGACAUCUUCCCCCUCAUCGACGAGAACUACCUGCUCUUCUGGAUCGGGGUGACCAGCGUGCUGGUUCUUUUCAUCAUCUACGCCUACAUCUACAUCCUGUGGAAGGCGCACCACCACGCCGUGCGAAUGCUAAGCCGCACCUCCCAGAAGAGCCUGGUGGUGUACUCGGCGGACGGCACCAAGGUGCAAACCACGCGCCCCGAGCAGGCCCGCAUGGACAUCCGCCUGGCUAAGACCCUGGUGCUCAUCCUGGCGGUGCUGGUCAUCUGCUGGGGUCCGGUCCUGGCCAUCAUGGUCUACGACCUCUUCUGGAGGAUGGACGACGACAUCAAGACGGUGUUUGCGUUCUGCAGCAUGCUGUGCCUGCUCAACUCCACCGUCAACCCCAUCAUCUACGCCUUGAGGAGCAAGGACCUGCGCCACGCCUUCCUCAGCUCCUGCCAGGCCUGCAGGGGCAGCGCCCAGCAGCUGGACAACAGCCUGGAGUCGGACUGCCAGAACCGGAACAUCUCGGCCAACAGGGCGGCGGAGAGCUGCGUGAAGACCACUGUGAAAAUCGCCAAAGUGACCAUGUCCGUGUCCACCGAGACGUCGGCGGAGGCCGUCUGAUCAUCUUUGUUUUCCGACCUGACAAUGACGAGACCUUUUUUCAGUUCUGAGCACGGAGCGCGUGCCAAAGUGCCAAAUUGGUAUUACAAGGUGGAAGGAAGCGUGCAUUUUAUAUUUUUGUAUUGUCAAUUCAGGUUUUGAAAAUCUUCACGUUCGGGACAAGGGGCUACAAACAAUUGUUCUACGGUGUCUCUUUUCAUCUACAUUAUUCUUCAUCUUCUUAAUACUUUUGUGGGAGUCGUGUACCACAUGAGUGAUUCAUGCUAAGACUAAAUAUACCGUAUUUUCCGGACUAUAAGCCGCUACUUUUUUUCGACGCUUUGAAUCCUGCGGCUUGUAAAACGGUGCGGCUAAUUGAUUGAUUUUUCUUCGUUUUGUAUUCAACAAACAGUUUUCAUAUUACACCGAAAAGGUGUGUUAUUGUUUGAGCUAUCAUUUGGACGAGUUCACUCAGUGCAGGUGCUGCGGGUUGAAAAUGUACUUUCUGUUUCAUACCUUGAACCGGAUGUAUAACCGCUGCUCAAAAGGAUUAUUUAUUCAUCACUCCGGGCAACGUUUGUAAGUUUUACAAUGCAACUAAAACGAUUCAUACUUCAUACAUACUAAACUGUUCCAUGUGUGAUGUCUGUAGGAGUGUUUUCAUGCAUGUUUCUACAUGCUAUCGUAGUGUGACUAAGCUAGCGUUGUUAGCAUUAGCGAAUACGUGUCUGUGUUAGUAAUAUUAACUUACAAUGGCAUUCUUUCUCGUAUUGUUUCAGUUUCAUAAAUUCACCAAAACGUCACCAUGGCAUUGUUGAGUCUGUUUAGCUGAUUGGAGAGCUAGCUUCCGCAGCUAGUGGGUCCAUGACGAUGACUCCUGUUUUGCUUGAUCAGCCGUUUUACUGCCGUGUGACAGGAACAAUUAAGGUAUGUAAAUAAACAUCUACAAAAUAUUUUGUACCGGUAUACAGUAUAUUUGCGGCCUAUAGUUCAGAUCGGCUAAUAUGCUUUUUUUUUUCUUCUAAAAUUGGGUGGGUGCAACUCUAUAGCCCGGAAAAUACGGUAAUCGCUUUCAAGUAAAAAAAAAAACCCAUCUAAAUGGAUGCUUUGUUCGUUUUUUGUUUUUUUUUUACUUUUGUAAGUGUACCCGUGUGUUUAUUAAACUAUGCGCAAUUCAACUGACGGCCUGGGGGCACCGGUCCCUGUGUUCAGUUCAAAACUUGGGAGACAAAUUCCUAAAAACAUGCUCCUGUUGUAUAGAGGAACUUGGACCACUGUAAACACUUGCGGUUGUAAUUUUAACCUUGCCAGAAAACAUAGAACACCGGGGUCUAAACUUGAGGCGUUCCUCAAGGCACCCGUUUAAGUCCUCUACUUUUUAGCUUUUUUUUGCAAUGUGCUUUAUGGAACUAAGGUGUUGCUGUAGCUUGUUCACUUCAGAUGCAGUCAGCAGUCAUUUAGUCAAAUUAUUCGGUGAUACUAGUGGUGUUCCACUAGGUUCCGUCUUGGGUCCUCUCUUUUUCAUUAUUUGGGCUAUUCAACUGGUGGCCGGCAAGUUCAGUUCACAAAACUUUUUUGCAUCACAUUCCUAAAAACGCAAGAAUACUCCUGUUGUAUAGAGGAAAUUGGGCCACUGUAAACACUUGCAUUUGCAUUUUAACCUUGCCCGCACCAGGGUCCAAACUUGUGAUUUACAUAACUGAGGCGUUCCUCAAGGCCUCUCCUUUUUAGCUUUUUUUUUGCAAUGUGAUUUAUGUAACUAAGGUGUACAGUCAGCAGUCAUUUAGUCAAAUUAUUCAGUGACACUAGCGGUGUUCCACAAGGUUCCAUCUUAGGUCCUCUCUUUUUCAUCAUUUGGGCUUUUCAACUGGUUGCCGGCAAGUUCAGUUCAAAAAAGUUUUUUGCGUCACAUUCUUAAGAACGCAAAAAUACUCGGACAACUGUAAACACUUGCAUUGACAUUUCAACCUUGCUAGCAAACAUAGAACACCGGGGUCUAAACUUUUACAUAACUGAGACGUUCCUCAAGGCACCCCUUUAAGUCCUCUCCUUUUUAGCAUUUUUUUUUUCUCUGUAAUGUGAUUUUAUGUAACUAAGGUGUGGCUUAUUUACCUCAGAUGCAGUCAGUAGGCAUUUGUUGAACUUUUUUAGUGGUGUUCCUCAAGGUUCCGUCUUAGGUCCUCUCUUUUUCAUCAUUUGGGCUAUUCAACUGGUGGCCAGCAUGUUCAGUUAAAAAAAAACGUAUGUGCAGUAGAUUCUUAAAAACACUAGGAUGCUGUCACAGAGAUGAUCUCCAAAUAAAUAGACCAAAAUCACAUGUCUACUGGUUCUCUGUAAUAUACAAAAUAAGACUAAAAGUCCGGUCCACCGGUCUUUAAACAUCUGGAAAUGUGGCCCCCAAAACCAUUUUGUUGAAUAUCCCUGUUAUAUCACAGUGUAAAGUGUUGUUUUCAAAAAAUUUAAAAUAAAUAAAAUGAAAUAGGACACAGUGUGCUGGUCACUGCUGUGCAGGGAAGAAAAAAAAACUGAAGUGGCUUCAAUCUGCGCGUUUGCUACAUUGUAUGUUAGUGAUGUUACCUUGUGGCUUAGUGAUAAUAUCUCCAAACCAAAGCCUUUAAUUCAUCAAUGCAGUGAGUUGUUUUUAGUGCUACUGUGGGGUGUUGUUUUUUGGCAAAAAAAAAAAAGAAAAAGAUAAAAAGCCCACGGAUAUAGUGAAGUAACCUUGGCGUGGUCAUUUUUACAUGUCAAAAUAAAGAACCAGACCAGGCUUGAAUGGAGCAGAAUCCCUGCAGAAGAUGUGAUAUUUCUUUUUUUCAAAUGAGCAAUGUAGUACUUUGAAGCACAAUGUAGGCUUUUGACGUUUAUCCAUGACAACUGUGUACCGCUGCCUCCGCUGUUAUUGAAUGGUGAAGAGGGGGGGAGAGGGGAAAAAACAUGUCAAGUGGCUUCUGUACAGUGCUGGCAAAAAUGAGGAAUAAAUCACCUCGAAAAGAACAAAAAUAUGUUUUUACAAGUGUUACUGUUUCAAUAAAGUUGCAGCUGAUUGUCA